UCCUACAUGACCAACUCCCCGACGCUGAUCGUGAUGAUCGGUCUCCCCGCCCGCGGCAAGACCUACGUGUCCAAGAAGCUCACCCGCUACCUCAAUUGGAUCGGGGUGCCCACCAAAGUGUUUAAUUUAGGAGUGUAUCGCCGGGAAGCGGUGAAGUCCUACAAGUCCUAUGACUUCUUCAGGCAUGAUAACAAAGAAGCCAUGGAAAUCCGCAAGCGAUGUGCCUUAGUGGCUCUAGAAGAUGUGAAGGCUUAUCUCUUGGAGGAGUGCGGGCAAAUAGCUGUGUUUGAUGCGACCAACACAACUCGAGAAAGACGGGACCUGAUCUUAAAUUUUGCUAAAGAAAACGCUUUCAAGGUGUUUUUUGUGGAGUCCGUCUGUGACGAUCCAGAAGUCAUUGCUGCCAAUAUCCUGGAGGUGAAGGUUUCCAGUCCCGACUACCCGGAGAGAAACAGGGAGAACGUGAUGGAUGAUUUCCUGAAGAGGAUAGAGUGCUACAAGGUCACUUACCAGCCUCUCGAUCCUGACGCGUAUGACAAAGAUCUUUCCUUCAUUAAAGUGAUCAAUGUGGGACAGCGGUUCCUAGUAAACAGAGUCCAAGAUUACAUCCAGAGUAAAAUCGUCUAUUACCUAAUGAACAUUCAUGUCCAGCCGCGUACCAUCUACCUUUGCCGACAUGGUGAGAGUGAAUAUAAUCUUGUUGGCAAGAUUGGUGGGGAUUCUGGUCUGUCACCGCGCGGGAAGCAGUUUGCUCAGGCACUGAAGAAGUUCAUCGAAGAGCAGGAAAUCGUUGACCUGAAGGUGUGGACGAGCCAGCUGAAAAGGACGAUCCAGACGGCCGAGUCCCUGGGGGUCACGUACGAGCAGUGGAAGAUUCUCAAUGAGAUCGAUGCUGGGGUCUGUGAAGAAAUGACCUAUGCAGAAAUUGAAGCCAAGUAUCCAGAUGAGUUUGCCUUGAGGGAUCAAGAGAAAUACCUUUAUCGCUAUCCUGGAGGCGAGUCCUACCAGGACUUGGUCCAGCGCCUGGAGCCAGUAAUUAUGGAGCUAGAGCGGCAAGGCAACGUCCUCGUCAUCUCCCACCAGGCGGUUAUGAGGUGCCUGUUGGCUUAUUUUCUUGACAAAAGUGCAGACGAGCUGCCCUACCUGCGCUGCCCCCUCCACACCAUCCUCAAGCUCACGCCCGUUGCCUACG